CACGACCACAAGCGAUAUAUGGGUUAUUGGAAGCCAUGUUUGUUGUUUGAUAUCAAGUGGAAAGUGGUGCAAUUUUGAAAUAUUGUCGAAGAUAUCUCUUCAUAUCGGAAUAUUUCAACUAAUAACAAAGGCAUGACUUGUGAAUGGGUGGGCAGCAUUGUGUCUCUGGACUGUGGAGAGGCUUUAGGAACAUAUCAAGGCCAGGUGAGGAAAAUUGACAAUGUCACACAGGCUCUCACCAUCUUCAAAGCCUACAGGAAUGGCCUCAGAUGUGAAGUUCCAGAGCUGACAAUCAAUGCUGGAGACAUAAAAGAUUUGAAGAUUCUGAAGUCUCCAUCUGAGGCUAGAUGCUUGCUAAACAAACAAGCCACACCAUCAAAACUGUCAAAAGAGGUUGAAGAGGCAGUCAAUCCAACAUGUCCCUCUCCAGUGAAGGUCAUUCAACCAUCCAAUCACAUUCACACAAAUGGUUAUCACAAUGGCAGACAUAGUGCUAAUGGACAGAGAAUUACCCCAACUCGGGACUAUCACGACUCCAAUGGUCUCUAUUAUAACCAUAGUGGAAGCGGAAGUGCCAGACACACACCUACCAGGGAACAGGGUGAGCAGAAAACGAGACGCAGUUCGUUUUAUUCAUCACAAGAAUAUCAGACUCAUUCAUCCUUCAAGCAUUCUAACCUCCUUGGAUUCUUUGAGAGGUUGAAUGUCGGUAUCUUCAUUGAAGUAUGGCAAGAAACUGUCCCCAGAAAAUCACCAACAUUCAAGACUGAUAAAGGAUUAUCCAAGGAUUUACUCAGUCGUCUGCAGACUGGAGGAGAGUCACAUACCCAGCCAACUGAACAUCUGGGGAGUGUCUGUCACAGAAGAACAAGGUUGUGUCUGUGGAGUCAUCCUUCUGUCUCAUCUCAGACACUCAAAGGCCGAAAGUCGACCACACCACGAAAGAUUGAUGGACGAAACAACAUCAGAAAGAAUACACCACGUGAAGACUGUUUCAGUGCCCCAGUGGAAUCGUUUCUGUCAAAGGAGUUUGACUUUGAAAAAAACCUAGCCUUAUUUGACAAAAAGGCGGUAUUUGAAGAGAUAGAAAACCAGUUCCCCGAGGUUGUCCGUGUGACAGACAAGAAGGGUGAGAAGUACCGCUGUGAUGAGAAUGUCCUACAGUCUGGCCCUGUGCAGCUGAGCCAGAUACAUGUGCCAGCAUCAGGGGGUGGCGACUUUGUCACAGAUGCUGGCUUAGUGGUGCCCAGCAUCACAUACCAGCUGCGGAACAAGAUCCUGUCGACUGCUGAACAGUGUGGUCUGAGUGUGGACCGGCAGAUUGAGAUGGUGGGGAGGUCUGCCAGUGAGAUGGUGCUUCAGUUACUUGGGGGAAGUCACAGACUAAAUCCCCAGAACGACCACCAGUUGCCGACUGUGAUUGUGUUGUGCGGACCACACACACAGGGAGCCCAAGGCAUCAGCUGUGCAAGGCAUCUCGCCAACCACAAUGUUAAAACAAUUGUUUUUGUGCCAAACUUUGUCCGUAUGAACCAAAUUCUUGAGAAGGAGCUCCAGCUUUUUGAAUUUUGUGAUGGGAAGAAAACUUCCAGUACCAAAGAACUACCUACCAUGCCUGACAUGAUAGUGAAUGCCCUUGACAGCCAUGAGAACCCCAAUCUUAAGGAUCAGUCGUGGUACAAAAGUCUCACAGAGUGGGCUCGUAACAAGCGGGCUCCCUGUCUUGCCAUAGACCCACCCAUAGAGGGAGCUGCACUUGACUCCAAAUGGAGCCUGGGAAUAUGUCUUCCUCUCAGCCUGAAGAAUGCAGCAAGUCAGAUGUACCUGUGUGACCUGGGGCUCCCCAAGAAGGUGUUUGUGGAAUCAGGUGUUCGUUACGUGUCCCCAUUUAGUCAUAAGUUUGUUAUUCCACUCCACAGAAGGUGAUUGACAAAGAGGUAGACUGGAACUGCCGAUGUGCAAUAAGAGGCACACAACAUACCUAUGUACUUACAUGCACGGCUGUCUCCAACAGCAGGAACAUGUUUCAGCUUCUUCUACACUGAUGGUUGUGCAUAUCUUCAGUUUUCAGGGAACAUUAACACUCUUGGAGAUGUAUGACAAAUAUACCAAAUAACAGACAGCUGUACAUGAACUGACUGAAUCUUCAGGGUAACCUGUUAGUCUGGUGUUCCUGUGAUUUGCUACGAAAUAAUGUGAAGUGCUUUGAGAUACUGAGUCCCAAUCUAAAAUAGACUAGUUUUUUAAACCAUUGUAGCAAAGAGAUGAUAUGACUGUAUAUUUUAUCCAUGUUCAUCUCUUUUUCAGUGUAACUGUGCAUUUAUGGUGCUGUGUAAAUUGUGACUAACUAAGGAGCUGAAACCUUGUGUCCCUUCCAUCUUACUGAACACAUGAAUAGGACACACACAUCCUUCCUCUUUUGUUGAUGGACACUGUUCUCUACCUUGGUAUGGGAUUUUUUACUAUCAAAACAUAUUUUGUACAGUCAUGACAGACUAUUAAUCAGAAUAUAUUUUAUCAAAACAAACAACAGUGAUAAUAACUUAGCCCUAUUCAGUGUUCAGUGUUUGAUCUUUUAUAUAACAAUGGAAGAUUACAUGUAGUAAGUAUUAUUACCAUUAAUCAAGAUUUCGUAACAUGGUAAUAUUACUAUCUAUCGGUGUAUGAAAUUGAUGCUCAUCCCUUUUUAUUGCAGUUUGUGGAUUCUAUUUUGACCAGUUGAGCGACAGUAUUACAGCUUUCUGUCUCAUAAACAGAUGAUAUUUUAUCCCUUGCAUCAAUCAUUGAUACAAACUGCUAAAUAACGCAAUGCUAUUAAUUAAUAACUACCUGAAAGCAUUUCUUUAAUGUUGGUUGGAGAAAUGGUAUUGAUGAAAUACUUGGUUACCAGUGCCAUAUAGAUGAUGAUGUAUUUCUAUAGACCCAAGAGGAGGUUUCACUGACAUCCAACAGAAAAUGUAUUAUUGUGAUGAACUUUGACUUGUUUCCCGUCCCAGAAACAUGUCAGUGGCUUAUAGCAUACGACCUUGACAUUUCAUGUGUUGGACAUACCUCCAAAUUAUUGUUGUUAUUCUGAACAGGGAAAAGGCAAUAGUCACUUUAUCUUUUAACUCUUGUCAUAGAAGUUACCAUUUUAACAAUUUUGGUUUUGCUUUAACCCAUGCUCUGCUGACAGCAUCUACUCUGAAAACAGAAUAUGGGUUACUGUUGUUUAACCCUUUAACAUUUAUCAAUUAGCUGAACAUGAACUCUGAUGCCAGUUUGUUAAAAAAUGUGAUAGUUUCAACAAAUAUAUUUUUCAUGUGGCAGUUUUGUAACUUACUCGGAAAAUAUUUUAUCUUCUUUGAAUUCUAUGUCCCCACAGAUCCAUUUGUUCAUAAUGAGUAACCCAUGUCAUUCUGUUGGAAAAUGAAUUCCCUUUCAAAGUACAAAUAUGAAGAUCAGUGUUCAGCUAAUUGGAAGUUUUCAUUUGAAUUUAACUAACAAAAUGUUGAUUUAUUUUGAACAUGUUGAUAUGUGUGAUAUAUUUUAACAAUGUUUGAAUUAUUUCGGAAUAUUCUUUGUACAGUUUAUGCCAUUUUUGAUUUGAAUAUUGACAUGAGUAGCUGAGACCAUUACUCUUGUUACUGUGGUCUAUUUUUACCAUCUGCCCCAUUGUGUGUAUAUACAUGUACUUGAUAUUGGAACAUUCCAGCUAUGUAUCAUGACCAACAUUUAUAUCACUAUGGUGGAGAAUGAUAUUUUCAGAUAAUCAGAGAUUGCUGUUUUUCAUUUCUGAACAUUAUGUUCACGAUGUUCCUUAGAAUCAUGUCCACUUAUUUGUGUAGUGGUGUAUUUCAUAUUUAUACAGCUAUGUGUCAAGUUAAGAAUACUAAACCGGUAUAUUUGUUAUUCAAGUGCUUGUGAUGUAUGUAAUAUAUCUACUACAUUGUUUCCUUGUCAUCGAUUCCACAACAUGAAACAUAGUUUUGUUUUGAUCAUAUAGAGAGUAUAUUUGUCAGUCCAGCUGAGGUGUGUGUGCUCUACUAUCGAUGUACAGUGCACAUCCAAACAAUGUAUGUUCUUGGUUAAAAACAUCUUUCCAGAUCAACUGCAAUGUGUAUGUGAAUAUGUUCACCAUAUGAUGCAUACACAUUUAUUCGAAUGUUCAUAAUCUCAGAUGCUUAAUGUUAUUGGAAUUUUAUUAUUAUUAUUUUGUCAGUUGUUGAUUUGUUUCAUCUAAGAACUUCAGAUUGGGUCUAACUAUUAAGGAAGUGCCACAGCCUAAUGGAACGGUAAAGCAAUAUCUCCUUUGUAAAAUUUAAGUGUGAACAGAUUUGGCAGAUAGUAUAUGGGGCUGCAGUCAAGUAUUAAUCUCUCUUCGAACAUGCUGAAUGUAGGAAUUUUGUUGGUUGUGAUCAAGACAUACUGCACAACAUCACUGAAACUAAUAUAAUGAAAUAUUUGAGAGUCUGUAUGAUAGCAAUGGUGAAACCUGUGAAUUACAAGGUUUGUGUGCUGUAACAGUAAAGUUCCAGUCUGUUGUUUGUGAAACGGGGAAGUUAAUGACGACAACAACCAUUAUUACAACAAGUAGGACACCUUUUUACCACAGCUGGAGCUUAUGUUACAGUCUGGCUAGAUGGUAGCACUUCUUGGAUGAAUACCUUUGUAAAUCUUUGUGGCAAGGUCUUUCUGUUUUUGUCAAGAAUUUCAAAACAAGAACUACAGUGAUAUUAUUAUAUUAUGUUUAAAAUAGGUUAUAACAUGGCUAAACUUUACCUUCAUGUUCAGCUGUAAAGCAGGUUACUGUACAUAAUGACCAUUUAUGUUGCUGUACGACAAUCAUGGUGACAGAAAUCCAUAAUUAUAAAGCUCAGUCAAAAUAAAAAUUUGGUUACUUUUAUAGUGUUAUACAGAUGAUAGGUGGUUUUUUAUUAAACGGAAAAUAACUCCUUCAAUGUGGUAAUAGUCUUCAUCUUAAGUAGGUUAGAAACAUAUUGACAAGAAUAUUUCAGUUUUCUAUUGCAGAAUCCGAUGUUUUUGUAAAACUGAGGUAGAUAACUGCACUCAAUCUGUUGUAUAUUGCAGCCAUUGUUCUGUAUACAGUAGUGCCCUCACCAAAUGUUGUACAGCUUACAUGUGUGAACCAAACUGCUGUCCGCAGUCUUGUAAAUAGUCAACAGUGUAAACACUUUUAAAUGCUUAUUGGAGACUUUUGGUCAGGCAAAAUUGUUUCACACAUGUACAAUAUCCUGUAUGUAGUUAGUCCUUGUACAGCUCUGAAAAUGCCAAAAUAUCACAUUUCGCAGCUGAAUAACAAUAUACCAUAUUGCAUACAAUAUUGUAGAGAAGGGCCUCGCUUUCAUUUGACUGUUUUCACCAUCAACUUUUAGCAAAACCUUGAACAUAUUCAUAUUUGCAAAUGAGAUCUAUAUUUUACAUUAAUACAAAAACCCAAAAAAUAUUUAUUGAUAUGAAUAUGUUCAGUUUUACUGAUCUAUGUAUUACGAUGGCCUGAGCCACCUAUGCAGUAUUGUUUUGAAUGAUACAAUUGUUGUGUAUGUAAGUGAUGGAAAGAGAGUGCUGCAGUACUUUGUGAUUACUCUUUUGUGAUGUUUGAAACUUUGAAAAUGAAUUUCUUGGGGGAGUCAUGAAUAUUAUGUAUUCUGUGAUUGAGGUUUAUGCAAUUUGUGAAAGAUUUCUCAAUAUUUUUACAAAAAAAGAUGUCUUUGUAUACAGGCAUUGAAAAAAAAGUAGACAAAAAUUGUUUUCAUUUAUUGACAGGUAAGCAAGCCAUGAGACAUUUGGAGUUGUUUGCAGAUUUAUGAUUGCUUGUACUGUUUUGAACUUCAUCAUUGAUUGAAGGUAUUUUGUUUUGACCACUGCCAUGUUCGUAUACUAAGGAUAGUAUGGACCAGAUUCAGAGUGUGACACGUUUUCCAAUUAGGAAUCCAGAUAGCCAUGGCAAUGGAGGAAUGUGCAUUGAUUUAAAAGGGAAUGUAUUGAAAGCUUGUGACAUCCAGCUUCAGUGAAGAGGAAAGUGACAAGACCUUUUUGAGGAAAGGGAAUUCUGUCACAAGAAGGUGUUUAAAGAACUCAUGUGUUCCAGAACUCAUUUGAUCAUCAUGAACUUUAUAAGAGGAACACGAAUAUAGAAGACAUUAGAUCAGGGCUUUGCUGUGUUGCUGACAUGAGAUUGAAAGUGUUGGCUGAAGCAACAGUACACAGCGUUAUGUUCAGAACAGACAGCAAUCUGCUUGUUCUGUCGUUUUGAUUGAAGGUCCAUGAGGCAACUGAACCUCCAUGGUUUGUGUGAAACGUUAUUUUAGAAUGAAUAUUCACACAUUUAUAUGUAUAUUUAUGUACUAAAUGUGGAGUGUGCUGGACAUGCUAUCUUACCUCCUUGGUCCUGCCAGUUUCUUACCACUCUCUCAAUGGCAACUCUGUUGCAGUGACCCAGGAAUCUUCCCACCGUCUGUAGAAACAUAUGAACACAACACUCUUUCCUGCAUUUAUGGGGUCUCUUAUUGUCUCAACAAUAAUCACAAUUAGAAAAGUCAAGACUGAUUUCUAAAUUUCUUGCCAAAACUACUGUUAUUAGGUAGAUCAGACUCACUGUGAUAGUUUCACCUCCCUCCAAUGUCCAGCUUUGAUGAGUGUAUUGUCAUUAACAUUAAAGGGAUGAUGACUGUUCCUUCUCAAUGUAACAUACCAGUUGAGAGUGAGGGACCAAGGAGAAUAUAUAUAUAUGACAUUGGAUGUAUGCUUGAACUUUGAUUGAAAUGUUGAAAGCAAGUGAAUGAUUUGAUGCUAGAGAACAAAACUUGUAGUAUAACAGGCAUGGAAAGACAAAGAUAUUUGUGAUAGAACAGCCAUGUACUGAAGGUUGGAUAACUGAGGCACUGAGAUGACCUGGUGUUCUAAGUGAUGCCCCAUGCUGAACCUGUGUGUUUUAACCAUACUGCAACAUACCUAAAGUCACCAGGUGUCAUCCUACGCUGGAUACAUGGAUGGGUGUUCUUCAGUUUACUGCCAGGCUAUGGGACAAGGACAUACAGGGAUGUAUGAUUGACGUAGGAACAUAACCAUGUUACAUGUACCCUGUGUGCAUGGUAGUGCCUGAGGCUUGUCAACAUGUAGUGUCUUAGACUGUGGGGGUCUUUCAGUCAUUAUAAUCAAACCUAACCAAGCUUGUUGACAAUUAUGAUAGGAUAUCCUCAGACAGAGCUGGUUAUCCAUUAAGAAAACAUGUUGUCAGGUUUGUGUGUUAUAAUUCAUCAUGUUCAUAGCUGUCCAAUUCUCACAAGUAUUUUCAUUGAAAUGUGAAUGCUCAUGCAUACGUAGGUGGAGAUUGCCAGUGCCUUUUGCUUCAGUUUCAUGCUUAGUGGAAAGGCUGAAGUUUCCUCAUGUUUGUUUUUAUGAAAUUGCUGGCACAGUUGCAAUACUUCUUUGGUCAGUUUCUAUGAGUCACAUUGUUGGUUACUUAAAAGAUGAAUGUUGAGGUCACAAGAGUUGAGUCAUUUCCAUGCUUAACUUGCCAGAUUAGUGAAGGUUGGGUUCCAUUUAAAUUGUGGACUCCAUGAAAGACCUGCCUCGUACUAAGGGUGGCCAGGACAGGCAUGGCUGCAUCUGUAAAAAGUCUGCUAGCUGUACAACUUCCAACAAUCAAGAGCUGUGUUUAUGAUUUCGUUGAACAUUAUAGGCCUUGUGUGAAACUUUACUCCAUAAGAUCAACAAGUACAGCAGAGGCUGUGUAUAAACUGUGAAUGUGACAAAUUGAGAUUAUUGACCAAGUGUCAUAUCAUAAAUAUCAUAUAUUAGGAAUAGCGUAAUACAUGGUAUAUUCCUAUUAUAUAUGUGUGUGAUAUGUGUACUUUGGUACAGAAAUAUGACUUAUGAAGUCUUUAUUGUAUAUUGUCAUUGUAUAUUGGAUGUUUCAGGUGAAAUUUCACAGUGGAGUAAUUUUAGAAACUGCAAAUGAAUACAGUGUUUGAUUGAAGCGUCCGAUUUAUCAUAGUGCCAAAGAAUUUGCAGAACUACAGAAACACUUGCACAGGAAGAAGCCCAAUGUUGUUGGGAAUGAUUGUUUUGGAACUUGAAUGUUGUACCUCAUCUACUUAAUUGUCGGCUCUUGACGCCAAGUGUGUUGGAUUGGCUUAUUUCAUCAGUAAUGUCAGCCAUUAUGUAAUAAGUAUUGCUUGAAUGAUAUCAUCCAAGCAUUUCAGUCUCAAUGCAAAAUAACAACCUUUUGAAUGGGUAUUGGUUGUUCAUACAAGAUUCAAUAACAUAGAUGUUGUUAUCAUACUGUUGUUGUACACAUAUAUACCAUUGCUUACCAGGACAACAGGUGUGCAAUGUUUAGGUAACGAUUUGCCUACACUGGUAACACGAAGCCAGUUAAGAUAAUACACAAGCAUUACUUGUAAUGGAUGGCAGCAGAUUAGAUGUGUGAGAACAAGUUCUCUGCCAGGACAGAUAAUCCAGGGCCUAGAAUUUGGAAGCUCUCUUAGCCGAAGAUAGUUGUAAGUUAAUGUUAAUGAAUGGCACUUACAACUAUCUUAGCGCUAAGAGAGCUUCGAAAAUCUAGGCCCAGGACUGUUGUUAAGAUGACAAUAUUGUGUAAGCAUUGCUUGAUUAUCACUGGCUGGAUGACACUGUUUCUUAGCGAAACCAUUGGGAUGUAUCAUAUUGAAAUGUUCAAUCUUUGUUCCUUCCCAUGAAUGUACUUGUUGGGAAAUAGUCAUGUCCACCCUUUUCACAACAUGGUAAUGACAGCCUUCUGGAAACAAUAUCAUCACUUCAACUGAAUGCCACUGACAAUAGGAGCUCAUUUAGAAAUGUCACUGUUUCAUCAACUUGCUUUGUUAGGUGAUUUGACAGAUAUGUGCGUGGCAUUUGUUCUGGCAGCUAGUGCUUUGGGGGAAUUGUCUCCCUUUGAUGCAUCCAAACUAAGGCGACCAAAAUGAGAUAAUUAUACGAAUAACAUGUGACUAAAAUGGCAAUGAGCAUUUGCUCUACAACUCAAAAUCAAAACAUGUUGCCUUAAAGUGCAGUGAAAUAUGUCCCUUGUAUUGAGUUUUCCAAGAGAUGAAGUGUUUUCCUGUAGAGGUAGUCAUUGGGCUACGUUAUUAGGGUAUUUGAUCUGACUGUGCCAUAUGUUGCAAUUGGAUUCAUUGUGUUUGGGGAAGCUGUUGUUCACACACUUCCAGUUAUCAUGUGUGUCUUUCUGUGUGGUUUUUAUCUCGUCAGUUUUAAUGAUAGCUCUUUGAGUAAUGUUAGAUGUUUUUGUGGUGAUGUGCAAAUAUUUAAAUGUACAUGUUAUAGUAAGGGAUGAAGAUGAAACCGAGAGUGUUUUAGGAAUGUCAUAUCCAUAUCACUGUCAUCUUGCAUGCAGAAAAUACAAGUCGUAGAACUAAUCAAGUUGGGAGGACUAUUUUACAAUGGAUGAUUGAAACUUUUGGGGUUCUGCCAUUUAGCUCGUUAACACAUUUCAGCCCUUUCAGUUGACAAGAGGCUUUUGUUUUCUUCACAGUCCAUGAAUUAAGUCCCAGGGGCGGAUACAGCUUUUUGAGAAAGGGGGGGUGCACACUAUUGAGAAAAGCAAGGGUGCACACUUCAUUUUCACCCGAGUUUCAAUGGUCAUUUAAUAAACUUUUAGGACAAAAGGGGGGUGCGCACCGUGAAUGUAAUUGAUGACUUAGCUGUGUUGGUAGUUGUCAUGUGUUGUUGUGUCAAUCUUCCUUAUUAAUACAAGGUUAUGGAGGAUCCAAUCUCUGAGGCUCGUCACAUUGUACAUAUCCAUUGUAUGUUCAAAUGAUCUCUGCAUUACAUGAAUUUACAAGAUUUUUUACUUAUGAACUUCCUGUCACCCUAUGGCCAUCCAUCCUCAGAGAUCAGGUUGAUUAUCUACACUGUCACUUCUACAAGACACAUAAACAUCGUGUUACUUUAUCAAUAGGUUUCCUGUAAGAAUCUCAUUGAUCUCAGAGUUAUUUCUCUGCUAUGAUACCUCUUAGCACUAAGUUUUGGGGACACGUCUAAUGAAAGUCGCAUCAGGUGAGCAGCGAGUGACAUUUGACCACCUGACUGAAUGGGGGAUGCAUGAGAUCCUGAGACUUCCACCUCAAUUCAGAAGCAUUGAUGUUUACAAAUGACAACCUGAAUACAGCACAAAUAGUCCAUUAAUGGUACUCCCUUUUAGGCUGUAGAUGCCAUUGUACUCAGAAAAGACAGUAUGUGUUAAAUAUUCCCAAGACUAAAAUGGCACCACCUUACUUUUCUUUUUAUUGAACCUUCUUGUUUAAGUUUGUUUUCAAGACAUCAGAUAUGCAGGGUACUGAGUGUCUUGAAGCCCCAGUACUGAGUAGUUUAAAAGUUAACAUGAACUGUCCUCAGAUCUUCACUCAGAUAGGUAUUGUAUUAGAAUGAAGAUCUGAUGUUAAUGAGGUUGAUGUAAUACUACAGGUGUAUCUGUGGCUGAUCUUCCAUGCUGAGAAACCAAUGGAAAGUAGUGUAGAUAAAAAACAUCUGGGUGUACGGGGAGAUGACAUUUCUAUCACAGAGCACAUCUUUACCGCCAUUUUGUUCUUUCAAAAUACAGUCAUUGCUGCGUUCAUUUAUGCUUCCAUUUCAUCUAUCUAGUCUCGUACAUAGACUUGUAUUGCAAAAGUAUGUAAUGGCAGAUUUAAUCUGAAAACUUUUUAAAGUGAAAGCAUUUUAUUGUUUACUGUUCUAUUUGUACUUCGUUGGCUAUAACAUGAUUACGGAUUUGCCUUUUUGUUUGUGUGUGCUUAUAGUUUUGGUGGACCUCUUUAUAAUUUUUGAUUACCACUGUUGCCAAACUAGGCUUAAAGUGUAGCCACUUAGGUACUAGUACGGGCAAUAUCUUUUCAGUUAUGCUAUUCCUCAUGUAUUUCAUCAUGAUUCCGAAUGGCACAUGCUAGAUUUGUCCUCCUGUAACAUCAUCCUGUGACAACUAGCCAACACCUAGCUGGACCCAGAUUCAUGUCUGGCUUGGCAGUUAGGAUUCACAUUCAGAUAUAUGCACCUUAGUUACCUCAAGAAAUUAAGCAUUGUCAUUUAAGAAUACCACCUCUGCUUGAACUAUCUUAACUUUCCUCACCACCCAUUUCUGACAAGGUAUCAUUGACAGAUGAGGCAUCGCCAUACUAUCAUUGAAUUACAUUUUGAUAUAUAGAUUUUAACAACACUUCAUGUCCUUCCAUAUGUGAAAUUCACGGAGAGGAGCUUGAAAGCAAUAUUCACUUGUACAAAUUGCAGAUGCUGGGUGUUUGCUCGAAUAAUGGUCUAUCCACUGGGCCUGGGUGAUGAGGCUGCCCAACAAGUGAUGACUGAACCAGAGGCUGUUGUGUGCCAGCCUGAGCCCUUUAACACCAAGUAGUCUGAGCAUGAAAGGCUAUAGUCAGCCAAUGUUAAAGUAUGAUAGCCGUGAGAUCACUUUGUGAAAUGUUGGCCUGAUAGACUCUGUAAUCAUUAUUUGCUCAAGCUUCAUGUGCAGGAUUAUGAAGAAGAUGAUUCUGGAAACGUUUUUGUGUUUUUCGCUUUUGUUCACUGAUGUUUUCAAGCGGGGAAGCUUGGAAUAUGGACUUUAUGUCGCUACAUAUCACUACUGCAUAAUCAUGAACUAGAACUAGUCUUGUCAGUCAUUGUCACACUACAGAUGUUUAACUGAAUAUACUACUGUCAUUUAUCAUUCAUUGUUUCCAAUUUGUAUAUUGUCGACCAAUGGUUUUGACUGGUGAAAUCUGGGUUUCCAACAUCAUGAUUCAACUCCAUGAGAAAGGUAACUGCAGAAUGAAGGUGCACAUCUGUGUAGAAUGGGUUAGUGGAAACAAUGUUUGACUGCGUGUAAUGACUGUAUGCUGCAUUUAACCAGAGUUCUUCCGGUACAGGAACAUUUGUUAUGUGUAUUUGCUGGUCAUGGGUCACUAAGGUCAUUAUGAUCUUUGCUGAUCACCGCUUGUCUGUAACAUUUUUGUCGUACCUCUUGAAAUUUGUGUUUAAAUGUUGUAAGGUUGGAAUGGUUAUUAUUUUGGACGUUGAUUACGGUGAAAUUAUUUGGGGUCACAUGAGUUAAGAAAUAGACCUCUUCAGGUUUGUCUUGUAAACCACACUUUAGAGUUAUUAUAAGUCCCUAUUUGCUCAAUUCCAUCUGAGCUGGGACUUCAGUCUUUAGACAAGGAAAAGGGAUGCUCUUUCAGCUUCUUUAUUGAUAACAUUACUGAGAUAUUCCUGACUGAAACUCAGCUUAACUUCACUUACACAGACUUGUACAGAAAUGUACUUGAUAACAAGAAUAUCUAAUCCGUAACCCAUUUAGUCAGCAUCAACAUUUCAACGAGAAAAUGACAGUACAUAUCAAUAUUUGUAUGGUAUUGUGAUGUUUUUGAUUGAUGUGUCAUUCUAGUCAGCAUAUGUCAACCUGCAUUUUAUUUCAUUUCUUCACUAAACUUUUUCAAAUGUUUAUCUCAAUGAUCCAUGAACAGUAAUUAUGAAAGAAAGGAUAAAUCUGUUCCAAAGAAUACAGUAGGAAUAUUUUUUCAAUGAUGUCAGUUUGUAGACGUGUUACAUCAGUGAUAAUGAGAGAGUCGUGCUGUUUCCCCUCUGUUGCAGCUGUAAGACUCAAUUAGGGCCUAAUCCAAGCCUACAUGAGCAGGAAGUGUUCAUCCCUUAUGUUGUAUACACUCUAGUUCCAGUCUUCCCAUGAUACCUUGUAUUACAGAAGGAAUGGAUGCUUCUUGUCUUACGUGGAUAUUUUACUUACGUGGCUGUAGUUAAUCUGUUAUGGCUGUCCUUUAACUUGUUUUGAGUUGAAUACAAUUUUAGAGGUCAUUGUCAGUAGCAUGUUCAUGCUUCAUAGUGGAAGUUGUUUUAUCAAUAUGUUUAACUUGAAUAUAACUUUUUAUUUGUCCUUUUGUCUCUGUUGAUGAAUGUACCUAAACUCCUCUAAGGAGUCCAGCUUUGUUCAAUAAUUUAUUGUGAUUAGAUGUUUGUAGUGUUUAAGUCUUAUCUAGGUGUGGUUUCUUUGUUUAUUGAAUGAAAGUGAUAUGACUUUCAGUGAGAUGAAAGUGCUUGAACAAUACAACCAUACAUUGAGGAUUACCAGGAUGUUAGCAGGGACUAAAUCUAAAUGUAAAUCUUUGAAAUACCAUAUUUAGCAUUGUAUGGGGUGUAAUAUCCUCAAUAUUUCCAGGGCUCUCACUUCAGUGAACCUACAUGGACCCCUGCAGUCUCAAAUUACCUGCUUAUGAUUUUCAUUAACAUUUCAUCCACCACUCAGACGUUCCUGAGGGAAAUGGUUAGGGAGGUCAUCUGUGUUACACAGAAACCAAACUCACAACAACUUUUGGGCAGACAUUGCCAUCUCAUCAUUGAGGCUGGUGUGUAAUGUUAUGGUUGGUAUAUCUAGACCUAGCAGCAUAGCCAAUCCAACUAGCAGUCUAAGUAAACUUAGGCUCAGUAUUAUUCGUUAAACUGCUAUACUGAGUCUAACAAACUGUAGUAGAAGGUCACGUCUGCUAACCUUUUGAAUUGACCAAUCAGAACACAGCUUAUCAAAUCGCAAAAGUUAACAUUCGCACAUUCCGUUUGAACUUUUACCCCGAAAACGUUUGUACUCGAACAAUUCCGAAUGCUAUUUUUCGCACGAUCGCUUCAGAGUGAUACACAUAGAUAACGCCAUUAUUCACAGCAGUGAGUAAACAGUUGAUGAAAAUAGCGUUUUUGUCAAUGUUCCAGGAUGUCAUCGUGCGGAAAUAUAAGUUAAUAGUAACCAUCUCAUUGGAAACCUCUAAGCAUAUAUACUGCAGGUCAAAUAUCUGUGUUCUAUGCGGAUUUUGGUUUGUUGAGAGAUCAGUGUUGGUGACCAGGG